ACCGACGCGGUCGUGCUCGACGCGUCUUGUCUUGGGAAAAUAAUGGCGUCCCUCUACGCGUCGUACGCGGAUAUUCUAUCUGUAUGCCAGGAGAAUACGGAUCCAGAGGAGGUGCUCGACCCUGAGACUGGGUUCGCGUCGCGUCUUCGAACAUUAUGCGACGACAAAUUACAAGAGUACGAAGAGCAUGGUGCUGACCCUCAUACACUUGAGCUGCUCAGGCUGGAAAGGAAUACAUGGGCACUACUGCAACUACUGACGGCAGAGCGUCGCAUCAUUGAAGAUAACCCCCCGCGCACCUCGGCCGCUGCCCUGCUUGCAGAGAACCCCUACACGCCGACGGUGACCGUGGUCAAUGCCAUCCUCACUUCUUCCCCCAUGCUCCGCGAGCUUGUUGUUAUUCGCGAGUGGGUGCAGGACUUUGCGCCACCACCACCGAGGGUAGAGCCGACGACGGGAUACUUGAAGGGGACGAAGAACGCGUUGGCGCAAGCGGCGAGGAUGGGCGCGGCACCACCAGAGUGGCGCGUGCAGACGCUGGACCCGGACGCGACACAUCAUGGGGAUGAGAAGACGUUGGAUCCAGAUGACAUGAAUUACGAAAAGGCACUUGCGCAAGCGCUCUACCGGUAUAUUCGCGCAGGGCGAACACGAGAAGGCGCGGACCUGUGUAGGGACACCUUCAACCCAUGGCGCGCAGCUUGCAUCAACGGCUCCAUCUUGUUCGAAUGGCCUGCUCUGUCGAUUGAUCCUGAAGAAGCACAGGAAGACGUCGAGAAAGACAUAUUGCAAGGCAAUAGGAACCGUCGACUGUGGAAGAGGACAUGCACACGCGCCGCUCUCAGCACUAGAAUCGCAGACUACGAUCGAAUCGUCUUCGCCGCACUCGCCCCAUCACCACAAACCUCCGGCGUCCUCAAAAUGGCCUGCCGAACCUGGGAAGACCACCUCUGGACACAGGUUGCCAUCGUCUUUGAGGAGAAAAUAAGCACCGAGCUCAAUCGGCUCGGUGGCGGCUUCUGGGAAGGUGGUUUGCUCGCGGCCGAAGAAGGCGUCCACAUCCCCACACCGGAGGAAGAAGACCAGGAAGAGCUAGAAUGGGAGCGCGAGAUGGCCCUCGCGCUCAAAAGCCUGGAGACAGUGAAGGUCGAGGAGGGCCCGGAUGCGCAGCACCCAUUCUACUUCUCGCAGCUGAAGGUCAUUCAGGGAAGAACAAAAGAGUUAGUUGAGUUGUUUGCAGCGGAGUUGCAGCAGCCAGGGAUGCGGAUGAUGGCUGAGUACAAGGUGGUCUGCCGGUUCUUCACGCAUCUAUGCCUUUUCUUGUCGUUGUUGGACGAGCCUGUACCACCCCUAGCCGCGCAGGCGAUAUACGAGUCGUACUUGCAGCUGUUGGAGGACGCUGGCGAGCGCGACUUGAUUGCCCUGUACGCAAGCGUGCUCGGCGACAACGCCGUCGAGCGCUACGCCAUGUUCUUGGUCUCGCUCGAGUUGUCGUCCGACCGCCAGGAGCGCCGCGCUGCCCUGCAUCGCGCGCAGGAGCAUGGCCUCGACAUCGCACGUGUGGCGAUUGCGACGGCGGAGCAGACUAUAGGGCGCGCUCUCGAGCUGCUGCCUUCCCUGCGUGGCCCGUUGCCACCAUUGAAUGCGCCUCAACCUCCGCCAUCCGACGAGGAGCUGCUCCUGGCGCGGUCAAUCGAGUGGACGACGUUCAUGGACGCGACGUUCCCAAGCGCGUUAGAGCAUGCUAACCUCAUUCUGCGCCGCUUCCUAGCCAGCGGUCGCAUUACCCUCGCGCGCUCACUGAUGGAGCAACUGCCCGUGGAACUCGCCAACAUCCGCACGCCAGAAGAGCGCGCAACGGAGUACAUGCACUACAUGCGCUUCCUGAAGCUUUGGGAUCUGCUCGAACGAUGCGCAGCCGCUGCCGCGCUGGAGACUCCGGACAUGGGUCGGGAUGCACGAAAGGCAUGGUUGACUGACUACAAGGCGCUUCUGGAUCAGGCCUGGGACGAGCUCAUUCAUCUACUGGCUGUCAUGGAGUGGUUGGUUGUGAGUAUCGAUGCACCUGGUGGCGACGCACGCCGCCGCGAGCUCAUCCGCAUCCGCCAAAUUUACAUCCCCGACCUUGUAACCCGGAUCCACACCCUCAUGCUUUCUUCGAGACAGCAUAUCCCUGGAAACCUCAAGCGCGCCUUGUCCCUCGCGAACAUCGUCGCGGACUCACGCUACAGGGUGUACGACGACUUUGUGAACGAGGAAGGUCGGAGGCUGUCCGACUACCUGAAGAUGGUGCGCGAUGCGGCCAUUGCGGGGCUGGAGAACGGCGGGUCAGACCCAUUUAGGGUGGUUAUGUGAUGUUCACAGGCUGGUGUGGAAAAUACAUGAUGUACUUUGAGUCAAUAUCUGCGCUCGGUCUGCGCAGGCUAUGACACUGACAAGGAUGGCCCGCACGGCGCGCC